UUGAGUCUGUUCCCCCCAUCCUUUCGCGCUGGAGCCAGGUUCGGACACUGUUCAAAGUUCGAACUAUGCAAUCGAAGGAAGGGGGUUCUCUGACAGAAGUGCUCAAGUGUAGCUUUACCACUUCAUCUUCUUGAAACAACACUUCACCCCACCAUCUUCCUACUUCUAUUUCAGGCGAUAUUUUCAUGCAACAUGCGCUGUUAGGUUGCCGCCAAAUCUGAGGUCCUUCUAUGUACUCACUCUCUUCCCAGUUCAGAACCGCAAUUUCCUUUACCUCCGUCAAUGACAGAGGCAAAUCCUUUGCUGUCACCUCUCUUACUUUUGGUAAAAUCAACUUUUGUGUUCGAAAUCACACUCACACUGUAAUUCCCGACAAACCCGUUCGAAGGAACGGUGCGAGGCGUAGGGUAAAAGAGUCUGAUGCGCAGCUUAAGGAGAACUGGUUGGCUUCACUAUCUUGCCCCUUACUUGAAAAGGCUCACCUAAUGGAUGCAGGAGUGGACCUGAACCACCGCAAUGAGGGUUCGGAGUGGGUCAUUGGAGUUGACCCAGAUAUAUCUGGUGCGGUGGGGCUCCUGAAAUACGAAGACUCCGGUUGUUCUGCUCAGGUAUUUGAUUCUCCAUUUGUGCAAAUACUUGUUGGCAAAGGAACUCGAAAACGCUUGGAUGCCAAGUCUAUUGUUCAGUUGGUUCGUAGUUUUGAGGCUCCUAUUGGAACCACUGCUUAUAUAGAACAAUCAAUCCCGUUUCCAAAUGAUGGAAAGCAGGGUUGGUGGAGCGGAGGAUUUGGGUAUGGGCUAUGGAUUGGGAUCUUAGUCGCCUCUGGAUUUUCUGUUGUUCCAGUGCCAUCUUAUACCUGGAAAACCAAAUUUGAACUCAAUGGAAGUAGGGCUGCAAAGGAUGACAGUAGGAGAGUCGCAUCUACCUUGUUUCCAUCACUAAGUUCGCUGUUGAGAAGGAAAAAGGAUCAUGGAAGGGCUGAGGCUCUACUAAUUGCUGCUUAUGGCAUGGGCCAGAUGAAUGAGUUGGAUUUAUCAUGCUAUUCCAUUUUGGAAAAAAUGGAAACUUGAAAAUGAUAGUGACAUUUUUUGUUUGGCUUGUUUCUUGUUGCGUGGGGAUUACCUGAAAGGGCAGGACGAAUGAAUUCGUUUGACUGAGGCUGUCAUGGAUUUUCGAAGUUGGAGCUUUGGCAUCUGUUGGAUGUUUUUGAAGACUUGUAAAUGACAGGUAUCAGUGUAUAUUCUUCUGGAAUUUGUAUUUCUCUUAAGCAUAUUAAGAUGACAUAAUGAUGUAGAAAGACACUAACCAUUGUAGGGAUUCUGAUACAUUUGGAAGGACCAAGUCCCCUCACUCAUUCUGUUGCAUUUUCAGUUGGAUAGAAAUUUCAAUGAAAUGUUGAGGUUUAAGCCAA